AUGUGUAUAAUAAUUAUUCUAAUUUUAUUUAGUUUAGAAAUUGAAACAUUUAAGUGACAUAAAAAUGAAAACAUUUUCUAUAUAUUUUUUGAUUAAAAACAUAAAAAAGAAUAAUCAUUAAUAAUUUUAAUUUGCUUUAGAGAGAUUAAGAAAGGAAUAUCCAAGUAAUAAUUAUAGAUUAGCAUUAAAUCUAUCUGAUGGUUAGAGAAGUCCUUUAAUAAGUGAAUUUAAUUAAUUUAUAGAUCAAAAUCAUUUGAUAAAAGUAGAUUGUACAUCAUUUUUAAAGGAAUUAAUAAAUAAUGAUAAUAAAGAUAUAUUUGAAUAUUAUAAUACUUGUGGUAAGAUAAAUUCAUAUUAUAUGAAAUUUAUGAGUUAAAGAAUAGAAUUAGCUAUCAAAUUUAAUGAGAAUACAACUAAUUAUUCAAUAACAUAGGCAGUCAAAAGAGAAAAGAGUUCUGAUUUGAAUUAAAUGGCAAUAAGAAGAAAAUUUGGAUUGUAAGGGAAUUAUGAUAUAUUGAGUUCUACAGUUCAAAGUGGUGGUUAAUAUAAUGUUUCAGCAUCUGAAAGUACUUAAUCUAGAUUGGUAGGAGAUGUAGUGAUAUAUAGCUUUUGUUGUUAAUAUAUGCAAUCAUAAUCAUAUUGUACAAGGACAUUAUUAUUUUAACCAAAUUAAGAAUUGGAAUAGAUUUAUAGAGUGAUAUUGAAUGUUCAUGCAUUUGCAUUAGGAUUAGUUAAAGAAGAAAUAUAAUUUAAAUAAAUAUAUAGAGAAACUCAAAAUAUAUGGGAAACCAUAUUCAAAGAUGAUUUAGAUAUGAAAACUAAAUUUCCAACAGAUAUUGGUUAUUUGAUAGGAUCUUAGAUGUUAAUUGAUAAUCAUAAUUCUGAAAUUAUAUAAGAUAGAAUGGCAGUAGUGAUUAGAAUGUUUGUAGAUAAUAUAUUGGUGUAAUUACCAUUUUAUCCUGAAAGAACAAACAUAGCAAUUUGUUUAGCUGAUACAAUAUUUGUAGUAUCUGGAAUUGAGGAUUGUGUUAUUACAAAGGCUGAAAAAGAAUUUACAUUUGUUUCAUAUUAACCAACAGAAGAGGGAGAGAGAUUCUUUAAAUCUACAUUUUAGAAGACUGAAAAUUCAGAUGUUUUACAUUAAUCAGAAAGAAUUACAAGAGAAUAAUUUGAAUAGGCAGAAUUAAAUAAAAUAAAAAAUGAUUAAGAAAAAUUAAAAGAAAUCAAAUAAUAUGAAUUAGAAGUCAGAUUAAAUGAUUAAUAAACUAGAUAAGAACCAAAAUUAUUAGUUAAAAUGGAUUAAUUAUAAACAUUUUAAAAAGAUGAUCAAUUUGAUUAAUAUCCAAUGGGAGAAAUUGCUGUUGAUUAAGAUAAAUCAGCCAUUUUAAUUCCAAUUAGAGGAACACAUUAUCCUUUUCAUUCACUUACUAUUUAAAAUGUUAGUGUUAAAGAAUUACCAAAUGGUUCUGGUGAAAUCACUAUUAGAUUUUGGACUAAUGAAUUUAAUAUAGAUACUAGAGAAUUUCCAUCUAUGGAUUUUGAUUAAAUGUUUUUGAAAGAAAUUACUUUAAGAAAUUAAGAAUUCAUAAAAUUAAAAGAUAUUGAAAAUGAAAUUAAUGUUUGUAGAGAUGAUGCAAGAAGAAAAUAAAUAGAAAAAUAAAUGGAAGUAGACAAAUUUGAUUUUGUUAUUGAAAAAUUAACAGUCUUACCUAAAAAUUCACCUUGUUUAAGUAAAGUAUAUAUGAGACCAACAUAAAGUUCAAAGACUAGAUCACCAGAAGGAUUUGUGGAAUGUCAUGAAAAUGGAUUUAGAUAUAAGAGUGCAAGAGGAGAGGUUAUAGAUUUUACAUUUACAAGUAUUAAACAUUGUUUUUUUGUCUCACCUGAAGAUGAAGUUAUUGCAUGUAUUCAUUUCAUUUUUAAAAUGCCAAUCAAAUGUGGUAAAAUCUAAUUUUCUUAGAUUUAAUUCUAUAGAGAUAUUGAAGGUGCAUCUGAAUAGGAAGCAGCAAGAAAGAAGGUUCGUUUAUUUGAUAUUGAUCAUGUUUUUGAUAAGAAAGUGUAAGAUAGAAGAUUAGAAGAACUAAAAAAUUUUGAAUCAUUUAUUUAAUAAUCAGAACAAUAUUAUAAAAGAUUUAAUAUUAAAUUUGAAAGAUUAGAAAAAUAAUAUAGUUUUGAAGGUAAUUAUGCUAAAGAAAGAGUUGUUUUUCAACCUACUUAGAGUUGUUUAGUCAAUAUUGUUGAUCAACCCUUUUUUACUUUAACUUUAGAUAAUGUUGAUAUUAUGUGUUGUGAAAGAGUUUAAGAAGAAACUAUUUCUUUUGAUUUGGUUGCUGUCUUAAAAGAUCUAGAGGCUCAAGUUAUUAGAAUUGAAGCCAUAGAUAGAGAAGAUAUUAAAAAGAUACAACAAUGGCUUAAUAAAAAGAAAAUUCUAUUUUUUUAAACUACUUCAGGUCUUAUGUGGAGAAAUAUGUAAUUCAGUAUAUAGAAAGAUUUCCCAUUGUUUGUUUAUGAUGGAGGUUGGGCAACUAUGAUGAAAGAUCAUAUGGAACAUGCUCCUAUUUAAUAGUUCAAUGAUGAACCUCUAUUUGAGCCUGAUUCAUCAAAUGGACCUACUUCAGUAUCUGAAUUUGAAUUUGAACAAGACAAAAAAAAUAAUAAAUAUCUUCAUCUAUAGAAGGAUGAUGAAAGUGAUUUUAGUGAUUUAGUUGACAGUGAAGACAUUAUGAGUGAAUUAGAUAUUUAAGAAAGAAGAAAAAGAAAAAAAGUGAAAUAUAAUUUUAUUGAUUGA